AUGUCUGAUAACGAGAAGGUUCGCACCUCCGGCGAGGUUGUGCGCGAGCAGACUCUCCCCACUGUCAACCCAGCGUCGGAGAAGCAGGAUGCUCCCAAGGCCGCAUUCCACCCCGCGGUCUAUGUCAGUGUCUGGAUUACUCUCAGUUCCAGUGUUAUCCUGUUCAACAAGUACCUCCUCGACUAUGCCAACUUCCGCUACCCUAUCAUCCUCACAACAUGGCACUUGACCUUUGCUACUAUCAUGACCCAGCUUCUUGCCCGCUUCACCACUGUGCUCGAUGGCCGCAAGUCCGUCAAGAUGACCGGACGGGUUUACCUGCGCGCUAUCGUCCCCAUUGGCCUUAUGUUCAGUCUGUCCUUGAUCUGUGGUAACAUGACUUACUUGUACCUGAGUGUUGCGUUCAUUCAGAUGCUGAAGGCUACCACUCCCGUUGCUGUCCUUAUCGCUACCUGGGGUAUGGGCAUGGCACCCGUCAACUACAAGACCCUUGGAAACGUCUCCAUCAUCGUUGUUGGUGUCGUCAUUGCUUCCUUUGGUGAGAUCAAGUUCGUCAUGAUUGGUUUCCUCUUCCAGCUGGGUGGUAUCGUCUUCGAGGCCACCCGUCUGGUUAUGGUGCAGCGUCUGCUGAGCUCCGCGGAGUACAAGAUGGACCCCAUGGUCUCUCUGUACUAUUUCGCUCCUAUCUGUGCCGUGAUGAACGGUGCCGUUGCUCUCUUCCUUGAGUUCCCCCGUGUCACCAUGGAGCAAGUCUAUGGCGUCGGUAUCUGGAUUUUGCUUGCCAACGCCAUGUGCGCUUUCCUCCUUAAUGUCUCUGUCGUCUUCUUGAUUGGCAAGACUUCGUCUCUGGUCAUGACUCUUUGCGGUGUCCUGAAGGACAUUUUGCUUGUCGCCGCUUCCAUGAUGCUGUGGAACACCCCAGUCACUGCCCUGCAGUUCUUCGGUUACUCCAUUGCUCUGAUUGGUCUUGUCUACUACAAGCUUGGUGGUGACAAGAUCCGCGAGCAGGUCGGUCAGGCCAACCGUGUUUGGGCCGAGUAUGGUAACAACCACCCAGCUCAGCGCAAGUUCAUUAUCUUCGGUGCUGCUGCUCUGAUUUUCUUCCUCUUUAUUGGCUCCAUGGCCCCCAGCUAUGCCCCUGAGUCCGUUGAGCGUGUGAAGGGCGUGCUUGGCGGUGCUACACCCGGCAACUAG